CGCUCUAGGCGGCUGGCGACCAGCGAGGUUGUUGCCAUGGCGACGGCGGGGGGCGCCUCAGUAGGGCGGCGGGCAGCGGCGGCGGCGGGGGGCAGCGGGGCCGGGCCGCGCUCCGCCGCCCAGCACCGGGUGCUGGAGAACCGGCCGUACGACGAGAGCCUCGAGCUGCCCGCGAGCGAUGAAGCCGGCAGCCCCAGCCCCCCGAGGGGCUCGGCCGGAGGUGGCCCGGACGGUGAGGACGCGGCGGCACCGCCCGGCCUCAGCGAGGAUGAGGAGGACUCGGAGGAGUCCUCAGGGAGCGACUCGGAGGACGAUUCGGAGGAGCACGGAGCCCCCCCGGAUGGUGACUACAACCUAGCCGAGUAUGACUACCUGCAAGUAUCGCCCGAAAUUAAGGAACUCUUCGAGUACAUCAGGAGGUACACUCCAAAAAUGAUAAACAUUGAGCACAAGCUGCUGCCUUUUAUUCCAGACUUUAUUCCUGCUGUUGGAGACAUCGAUGCGUUCCUCAAGGUCCCACGUCCAGAUGGCAAGCCUGAUAACCUCGGCUUACUGGUCCUCGAUGAGCCGUCAACGAAGCAGUCAGAUCCCACAGUGCUUUCUCUUUGGCUAACAGAGAAUUCCAAACAGCACAACAUCACACAGCAGAUAAAAGUGAAGAGUGUGGAAAAUGCAGAAAAGAACCCCAAAGCCAUUGACAGCUGGAUUGAAAGUAUCAGCGAACUGCACCGCUGCAAACCUCCGGCCACUGUCCACUACACCCGGCCCAUGCCUGACAUAGAGACCCUAAUGCAGGAGUGGUCACCAGAAUUUGAGGAGCUCUUGGGAAAGGUGGGCCUCCCAACUGCAGAGAUGAACUGUGACCUGGCUGAAUACGUUGACAUGAUAUGUGCCAUUCUGGACAUCCCCGUGUACAAGAGUCGGAUCCAGCCUCUGCAUUUGCUUUUCUCGCUCUACUCAGAGUUCAAGAACUCGCAGCAUUUCAAGCCUAUGGCUGAAGGGAAGAAGGCCAGGAGCUCCCCGUCCAACACACCUUCACAAGGAGCAGAAGUGGAAGUAUUGAGCUUCACUUGAAGCUUUGCGUUAAACCUUCAUCUCUCCGAUCAAGAUCUGCUGCUCAACAUAAAGAUUUGACCAAAGCAACGCGUGAAGCAACGCAACAUUUCAGAAGCAUCCCUUAUUUUAUAGAUCCUGCAGAGCUGCUUUGCAUUCAUAGAGUAGAUUUUGAGUCUUCACGUUUAUAGCAGAUGCUAAUACCUUAAUUUUGAGUUGUCUCCAUGGAGUACAGCAUUAAACUCUAUUCCAAAUGACAAACUGUGGAUGCUGCAGAACUGAGGCUUGCAGAGUGUAACACUGCAGCAUGUAGGAAUAAAUUCCAUGCUCUGACACAAAA